AUGCGCAGUAUCGCCGUAGUUGUGGUUCUUGUGGUGAUGGCUGUGGGUCUCCAGCAAGCAGCGGCCGACUCGAACCUGAAGUACUUCGAACGUGAGUUAGUGUCCGAGUUGGCAGCGCAGAUCCUGCGCGUGGCUCAGGGACCCUCGGCCUUCGUCGCGGGCCCUCACAAGCGCAACUCGGAGCUGAUCAACUCCCUCCUGGGGAUCCCCAAGGUCAUGACCGACGCCGGAAGGAGAUAA